AUGGAUUCGGACGCGUUUAAGGUGCUGGAGAAGUAUUGCAGGCGCCGCUACAGACAUGGCUCGGCCCACUACUGCGCCGAGACUUCGACGGCGAAUUUUGGGUCCGAUUUUCAUAAGAUUUCCAGCGAUUUCUUGGCGAAUCCCUCGCCUUUCCAGAGCGCGCAGAACAUCGUGGAGGUUAUUGAUAGUCUAAGGUAAAUUUAGGACACUUCAAAAGAGUUACAGUAAUUUUUGCAAAUUUCAACAGCCUUUUCUUUUGAAAAAUAUUUCAAAAUCCUUGAAAAAGUAUUUCUUCAGUUUUAAAAAUGAGAUUUUUUGUAUUUUCAGUCAAAAAUCGGACGAAAGAUCCCGAUGUUGCCGUGCAUUUAUUUGGUUCAAGAAUUUUCACAGAAAAUAUGGCCUAAAAUACAUCUCAGUGAUUGUGUUAACGAUAGCAUUCGCUUUCCUCGGCGGACUCAUGUUCUAUCACCUUGAGGCACAAGCGGAGAAUGACCGGAUAGAAAACAUGAACAAGGUGGGUAAAUUUGUGACUAUAUGUAAAAUACGCCUGGUUUAGAAAAUUGGCCUUUUAUUAUAUAGAUGUAGAUGGAAAUCGCCGGAAAUUCAAAAUAAGACUUUUUGAAUUUUUUUUUGCAAUAGCAAUCAAAUACACCGUUAAAAUGCCCUUCGGAAAUCUGCCAGGUGUCUUUAAAAUUUUGAAGUCUAUUUUUUUAUUUUCAUGCAAUAAAAAACACACAUAAUUUUAGCCUUCCCGUCAAAAAAAUAUUAUUUUUUUUCAAAAUUUUGCAGGUUUUUAAUGAAAUUUUUGAAUUUCCAGAUAAUCCGGCAACGCCAAGAAAAUUUGGUCUCGGAGAUUAACAGCCUUGUCGAAUCGCCCAGUUGCUUCAAGCAGAAAACUGAUCCGUUCGAACCCCUCAACGCUCGCUGUAAGAAAAAAUUACUGGCUCUGAUCAAAGAUUACUCUGAGAACAUCAUUUUUGAGAACUGCGGACCCGAGACUAAAUGGGUCUGGGAUUACUGGAACGCCGUCUUCUUUGCGCUUUCGUUGAUGACUACGAUUGGUGAGUAAAACAAAAAUUUACUCAGUAUUAGCUAACAGAUAGAGACCAUGAUAUAUAAGGUAAAUCUCAAAAAGAUUGAUUCCGUUUUUAGGCUACGGUAACAUGAGUUGCAAGACAUACGAAGGUCGGAUUGCCACUAUACUUUAUUCGCUGUUUGGGAUCCCCAUUAUGUUGAUUAUGCUGAAUUCAAUUGGGCAUUUCUUCUUCAACAACUUGCAGGCGCUGUGGGAAAAUGUGAGACGGUAAGAUACGAAGAUAUCCACUAAAUAUAAAAAUUGUUUCAGAUGCAUAAAACGGAAGACCCGCCGGUUCCGCCGAUGGGUCCGUCGGAAGAGCGUGGAUGGAGAGAAUCCGGAAGAAAAGGUGUUCAAUGUAAUUAGUGUUUCCUUUUGUGGCUGGUAUAUGCUUUAUCUAACAACCCAUGCCAGUAACUGAACAAUCGCUUCGAAUUAAAUUUUCUCCUCUUUCUCAUCCCCUAUGCGCUCUAGUUCCAUAGAAAGAAGUUUAACUGUAUUAGUCUAAUUCUUCUAGGUCAAUGAAGACAGCGACAUGGACAGUGAGCAAGACAUCUUCCAAACAUACCCAUUAUAUCUGGCUCUAGCUAUAGUUUUCAUUUACAUCAUGCUUUGCUCUUUCGUGUUGAGGAUUUGGGAAGAAUGGGAUUGGUUUACGGCAUUCUACUUUCUGUCUAUUUCCUUGACUACUAUUGGUAAGUUGGAAGUGAUGAUUUUUGACGUAAUUGACUGUUUUAGGGCUGGGAGACGAAAUGCCAGAGCAUCCACACUAUGCGUCAUGUAAGUAUGAAAAAUCAUAGUAUACCGUAAAGCUCAUUUUAAUAUAAAUUUAUAAAAUAUUGAGAUGUUGAGGUGAGGAACGGCACACGUCAAAAUAAAAGUGAAAAAACAAGGAACCCCGGAUCAUUGAUUUUUGACGAAAUGUCGCUGAAUUAUCGAGUCACAAAAGAAAACUUUCCCAGAGAAUUUCGAGAAAAAUGUUUUUUCGAAGAGGAAAACAAUUUUUCAAGCUCGAUAAUUCUGUGGCACUUCGCAAAAAAUCAAUGAUCCGAGAUUCCUUGUUUUUUCAAUUUUCUGAAAGAAUUGUUUUGACGUGCGGCACCUUUCUUUAGGGCCUCUAGUCGAUGAUUUUCUCGUUCUCUCCCAUUUCCAAUAGCCUAAGCUAACGAGGGAAUGGUCUGAACUUCCCCCGGCGUUUGGGAAAGUGACUAGUACAGGUAGAUAAAGCAGGUCAACUUUGCUAAAAAGAGCCACUUUCCAGCUGCGAAAUAAGCCUAGCCGACGAGAAAAACCGACCGAAAGUUCCGAAAAAAUUUCCUCUUUCUCCUCCCUCGGAAAAGAAGAGCGGUGUCCAGUGGUUCGGUUAGCCGAGUGGAUAAAGCAUCCGCUCGAUAUUCUUUUGGGGGUUGGUUCGAUUCCGGGGUCUCACAAAGGGCCGUGAUAAGGCUUUGAUGAGCAAGAUCAAGCUCCACAACGUUUAGAAACAACUAGAAAAGCGGAAGUCGAGCUCUAAUUGCGCCAUUAUCGAUCGAAUUUUUGUGACACUUCGCUCCAAAAAGGUGGUCUUAAAGAUACGAUCUUUUCACCCGAUCAUCCAAAAUUGAGCGACUUGAUAAAUGGUGAAUUGGAAAGAGUAGACAGUUAUCUCUCUGUUAGAGGUUCAGAAAUUUGUAUGUGUUAUUCAGUCUUUGAGAUAUUCGACUUCAAACUUCCCAAAAUUGAGAACUUUGCAAUCGCCUAGCGGGCGACGUUUAGUCACGAAUCCUACAAAAAUGGGUGAUCAGCACUACAACAUCAUUCUCAAUCAUCAUGCAAAGUUUCAGAACGUUUUCUGGCUCGAAACUCGACUUAUUGAGCCAUCUUUCCUGCUAUUAUAAUGAUUGAAAUCGUUGCCCGGGCUUUUCGCAAAAUGACAAAAUCCGUGGCAUUCCGCAACUAGAGAUAUUUUAAUUAUCAAACUCAUCAAACAUGGUGUUUUUGAAAGACAAACCAGACCUACUAUAACAAGAAAAAUUCACUGAUAGGGUCUAUAGCUUUUUUCUGUCAAGAUUUUGUUCAAUACUGGGCUAAAUUACAAUUUUUGUAAUUUCUCGAAGAAGCCAAAAAACAUUAUUUAACAGUACGCCAAACAUUUGUUUUCGUGGCGUGACGCGACCAGAAUUCCGUGAAAAAACGUUGUGCUCUAACAAACCAAAAAAAAAAUAUUUUGCCAUUUUUAUACGUUUUAUACUGGCAUUAUACCAAAACAAUAUUCGUCAACAAAUGAAUUUUUUGGGUGUUUACGAACCUUCAAAGCGAUGGAGUUAGAUCGGAGGUUCUCCGAUCUAGUAAACGAACGACUGCGGACUCCGCGCCAACUCAGGAUGAUGACUCACUCAGUCAUAUGAUCUCUCUCCGCCCACAUGUUUACGCCUAGGGCGACCUUUGGCCUAUGACGCACGUCCGUUGUAAAGUCACAAGAAUGUUCUAGUCCCUUAGGACAAGACUUAGCUUCUGUCCUGGACAUCUCAGCUUUUGUCCAGGACAUCUUGGCCCUUGUCAACGACGUCCGCAGCUCCAUCUUCGACACCUCAUCAAAUGGUACCAUCAUCAGCAUUCCAGAACGUCCAAGUCCCGCCCAGCCAGUGCCCUAUAUAAGCCCAGCCAGUCGAUCAAUCCAGGACGUCCCCAUCGGCUUCGAUCGAUCGGUAUAAAUCUCGAGAUAUUAUUGUCAUAGUAUACUAUUGUUGUGUUGUGUUAUUCGAGCUCAUAAAGGUACAGAAUAUUCUACGUGGGUAUUGUAUUAGACGGUAAGCUAUCUGUGCGCUACGUUGCGGCUUCAGUAUUCUGAAGCAAAGAUCCACCGAAAGUCUAGUCAAGCAGCCCACAGGGUAGGGCAAAGGUAGGGCAUCGCGCUGCCCUCUUAUUCAUCUAACUAUGGAACGUCGAAGUUAUACUCGUUUGGGGAUAGACUUGUCUUUGAAAAAGGCAAAAUAAUUUUUUUGGGUUGUCAGAAUUUUAUCUUGCUCAUCGAAGCCUUGUCACGGUCCUUCGCGAGACCCCGGAAUCGAACCAACCCCCAAAAGAAAAUCGAGCGGAUGCUUUAUCCACUCGGCUAACCAAACCACUGGACACCGUUCUUCUUUUCCGAGGGAAGAGAAAGAGGAAAUUUUUGUGGAACUUUCGGUCGAUUUUUCUCGUCGGCUAGGCUUAUUUCGCAGCUGGAAAAUGGUUCUUUUUACCAAAGUUGACCUGCUCUAUCCACCUGUACUAGUCAUUUUCCCGAACGCUGGGGGAAGUUCAGACCAUUCCCUCGUAAGUACAUAUCUACAAUACAGUUCAGUGACGGACCUGAUCCAGUGGCAAAAAACGUACUAUUUUGCAUCCGGGAAGUACCAAAAAAAACCUAGCAAAAUGCCUCCCUCUCCAAGUAAAACAACUUCUUUUUGAAGGGCGCUCCCUUUCCUUCACAAAAUGAGCGGGCGCGCUUUUGAAAUCGAAGUUUUUUUCACUUGAAGAGGGAGGUAUUUUUUGAUACUUCCCGGAUGCAAAAUGGUACUUUUUUUACCACUGAAUCAGGCACUCGACUGUAUGUACGGCCCAAAAAAUCUUUCGGGAUUGCUGCGGAAUAAGUUGAGAGAUUACGCUGAAAAUUUUGACCAAAAUUUAAUCGCAACCAUAUGAGUAGAUUACUGAUCUUUAAUUCCAAGGUUUGCCCGUUUAAUCUGAGCAAAACUCAUAGCCUGCUCGAAGUUAUAAACCCAAUAUCAAAAGUUCGAAGAGCUUAUGACUAAUUUCUGUUAUCAAACUUUCUGAAUCCCUCUAUUAUUCACACUUCUCCAGGUUUCUUUAUCUUCUUCAUCAUCGGCUUAUCACUCGUUUCGAUGUGCAUUACAAUGCUCCAAAUGCGAGUUGAGAACCGUUACAUGCAAGCGUUGCAAUUGAUCGACGAACAACGACAAACAUUGUUUUCAAAUAUUAGACAGAAGGUUGAUGAGGUAACACACAAUGGGAAUGCAACUUCAGAGCCGGUGGUAGAACUUGCUGAUGAGCAGAGUAAUAGCAACAAUGCAGGCUCUAAGGACGAUGCAAAUAUGUUGGGAGUGAGGUGGAGGGGAGCUGGAAGAUUCUCGAGCAGUAAGUUUAAACAUGAAAACAUGAAAGAAAAGGAGGGUAAAAUACGUCUAACAUAAAUAAAUAAAAUUUUUACCAGUGCUCGAGUUUAAAGAUUUUCAUGAAACUUGACUAAAAAGGAAAAGAAUGAAUUAAUUUUUUGUAGAAAAGCUGAUCAAUAUCUUUGCUAAAAAAUAAAGCCAAUAUUAUGUUUUAUGGACAAAUUCGCAAAAAAAUAUCGAAUUUUCACCUGGAAAACUUGCAAAUGCCUUUGAAAAAAACCAGCCUAAAAUUACGUCAAGUUUCAUCAAAAUCUCGGCUUCGCACUUCGAGCUUCUCGUGCACAUACAUUUAUGGAAAGUAUGAAAAUUUACUUAUUCUUUGUUUCAUCAAAGCCUAAGCUUCCUGUUUCAAACAGUUUACUUUAAGUUUAUAUCAUUAUGUGUAGUUUAAAUCCCCAUUUCAGAAGAGAAUCCCUUCUCCGACCCGUUCUUUUCCUCUCCCAUCCUGCAGACGCUCCUCCGUUACUCGCAUAGCAGUGAUCCUCGAACUCGACUGUAAGUGACCCCCAAUCCAAACAGAUGACAUCGCCCUAUGACAUUUCCUCUUCUUCCAAAAAAGGUUUCCUUUUCAGGUCAGCCGCCUCGGUUCAAAGCAUCGCGCCGCCGCAACGCGCCAAGCCCUCAGGCGCUCCAUUGGCUGAGGUUCGCGAGGGCAUGACGAUUAGGCUAAUUAAUUAAAUCUUUUUUUCCAGAGCGAAAACAUUGACGAUGUGCUCAGAGAGCGGUUGUGA